CAUUUCUUCCACAAGUAACCACUCUUUUCCCUUUCACACCUUCCUAUUUUUCUUAUAAAUUACACACAUAAACGCACACUUGAAUUCAAAACAUUCUCUUGAUUUCUUCAACAAUUCAAUACACCUGCUUCCCAUUCUCCAUCAACAUGCCUGAAAGCAAGAAAGUUGUUAUUAAAGUGGAUAUCCAUGACAAUGAAUGCAAAAGGAAGGCUUUAAAGGCGGUUUCGGGUCUUUCAGGGAUCGAUUCCGUAGCUAUGGACAACGACAACAAAAUGACUAUCGUUGGAGACAUUGAUCCCGUAUGUGUCGUAAAAAAGCUUAAAAAAUGGCACACUGUUAUACUCAACGUUGGACCCGCGAAAGAAGAAAAGAAAGAACCAGAAAAGAAGAAAGAAAAUGAAGAUGAUGCGGUAAAGAAGAAGAAGCAGGAAGAAGAAGAAGCCCUUAGAAGAUGGAUAGAAUUUCAUAGUUAUAGGGGAUUCAAUCCGUUACCGCCACAACAAAUAUGUCUUCAUCCUAUAGAAGAUCCCAAUAGUUGUGUUAUCUGCUGAAUGUAAAGAAAAUAUGCAUUAGGUGCAUGUAUACGGGGUUGACUUCGGAUUGGUGAUUAUUAUUAUUAUUUGGUGAUUAUUAAGGAGAUAUAUUUAUUUAAUAAACUUAUCGUUUUGGAAAA